UGCAGACUGCUGUUUCUGCUAUUGUCCGCCUUUUUUUAUACCAGCGCUACAUUGGGGGCGAUGACUGUUAUCUCAAACACCUGCUGAAGAUCUCUGCCCUCCUGGGAAAACACAUGGACACAGACAAAUUCAGACAGCAUGGGCUCCAGACUGAAACAAAACCCUGAGAGAACCUUCUACUGUUUCUUUGAAGCAACCUGUCCCGUAGCCAGAAACAAAGAUCCUGGGGUACUGUUUCAGUUUCCAGAGGACUUCAGUGAUGAGGAGUCCUGUCAAACAGUGCCCAGAUUCUGCUUCCCAUAUGACAUACAAAGAGUGAGGGACGGCGUGGCCGUGCAGCACUUUACCUUUGUUCUGACUGACCUUGAGGGAUGCCAACGCUUCGGCUUCUGUCGUCUCACAAACAGCACACAGACCUGCCUUUGCAUACUCAGCUAUCUUCCAUGGUUUGAGGUGUUUUACAAACUUCUCAACAACUUGGCUGAUUACCUGACAAAAGGACAGAUCAAUGAGAUGAAAGCGCUGCUAUCUGCACUCUACAAGCAGCCCAUACCACUGGCAGCUGGUUCUGUCACUCUGCAGAUGGGAGAGCAGCUAUUGGUCAGCACAGAGGUGUCCCAUCCUGUUGGACACCCAGAGGGACAAGAGGGGGUUCCAUACUUCAUUGCUCCAGACCCCAGAAGUCUCCCUUCCAUCCCUGAAAACAGGAACUUGACAGAGCUGAUCGUGGCAGUAGAUGUGGGGAACCUGCUCCAGCUCUAUGCCAGCAUGCUGUUCGAGAGACGCAUCCUGAUCUUUGCCAGCAAACUCAGCACUCUGACGUCAUGCUUGCAUGCUAUCAGUGCUGUGUUAUACCCCAUGUACUGGCAACACAUCUUCAUACCUGUCCUGCCAACCCACCUACUGGACUACUGCUGUGCACCUAUGCCUUACCUAAUAGGAGUCCACACCAGUCUAUCUGAGAGGGUGAGGAGUCGCGGGUUGGAGGAUGUUGUAAUUCUAAAUGUGGACACAAACAUGCUAGAAACCCCCUUUGAUGACCUUAAGAGGAUACCUUCAGAUGUGAUGUCUGGGCUGAAGGUGUGUUUGAAGCGUCAGGCUGUGUCUCCUGGCUCCGGUGUCUCACAGGCCUUCCUGAAAGCUCAGGCUCUGCUAUUUGGAGGCUACAGGGAUGCACUGCAGGGUCACAAGGAGGGUGAAAUAGGAUUCAGCGAGGAGCUUUUUCUGGAUCACAAGUCUCACAGUAUGAGGCAGUUCCUACGGAGUGCCAUUCAUUUACAGUUCUUCAAACAGUUCAUUGAUGACCGCCUGGACAUUCUGAACAAAGGGAAGGAACCAGAUGACCUCUUUGAGGAUGAGAUCCUUAAGUGUGAAACAACAGCUGGAAGAGGCAAAUCUUAUCAGCAGUUAGUUGGUAAUUUAAAGAAAGGGGGAGGAGCACUAAUCCUCAACAUGAAGUCCAAAGCAAACAUGAGGGCCAAAGGUCUCGCCAAGUCUGGUUUGAAAAACCUGCUGAUGCACAAGGCCCACAAUGAAGAGCACACCCUUCAGAGAGGAGGAUCAGUGUCAUACCGCCGUGCCCAAUCUGACUGCCUGCAGAGUCGCCUGCCAAUCACUGAGCACUUUGGGAUGUCGCGUCCACGUCGGCCUGUUCACAAAUUUAGGACUUCCAGAGACCAGGACAAAAUUAAGGACACUGGAGACACAUGGGAUGGAGCUGUGUCUGGGCCUAUGGUUGAGCCUGAAUCUGAGCUCCAGAAGGAUGAAGAUGAGGGGGAAGAUACACUGCUGUGUGACCCGGAGGAGAUGGAUCUGCUUGGGGAGAUUUUCGACACACUCAGCUCCCGGAGCUCCCAUGACCGCGGUCUGCUGUACGGCACACGCAGCCUGGAUCUGUUCGGACCGGACAGCCAUGACUAUAUCACCAAGCGCAGUCCAGUCAACCCCAGCCAGGAGAGCCUGUCUCUGUCCAUCAGUGGCAGUGGCAGCCUGCACAGCUGGAAUUUAGAAACCACAGAUGAGCUGUCAGACCUGAUGGAGGACUCCGAUUGUCUGUGCCUGGACAGCAGUGUACCAGAGGAGGAGGGUUCAGAGAGUUUGCUAGCAGCAUGUGAAAUGGGGGAAGAAGAUAGGGGACAGAGGGAGGACGGAGAGAAACACAAAAAAGUGAAGGUAGCAAUAAAUGGGAACCAACUAGAAGAAAUAGAAAACAGAAAUAACUUUAAGGAAGUGAAGUUUGAGGAAGAGAGAAAGAGAGAUCAGGAAAAGGGAGUAAUUUUAGGUGAGGAACCUGUGAAAGAAACAUCUGAGAAGCAAGAGGGAUUAAAUGAAAAAAGCAAAGACGAGAGAAAUCAGAGUGAGGAGGUAGCUGAGGGACAGGAAAUUGAAAGCGAAACAAAUAAAAUGCAGAAAGGUGUAGCAAGAGAAGAGGAGGGAAAAGAGAACCAGGAGGAGAAAGACAAAGAUCUGACAGGAUCUUUAAACAAACUUAUAAAAAGGAAACCCCAUGAUCCAAACACAGUGGCGGAGCCGCAAGGACAAGAGGAGACAGCCAAUCCAGAAACCCCAGCUUCUCCUGGGCCUCAAAGCCUCGCUGCUGACCCUAAACCUACAGCAGGUCAGGAAAAGAGGAGUGAAGAAGCAGUUAAGAAAGAGGAGCGAGGGAUAAGAGAAAACCCCUCUCCUCCUAAAGUGCUAUCUGCUGUAGCACACUUCCAGUCUCAGGCAUCCAGCCAGAGCUCUCAGGUGAAGUCCAGGGUCAAGGGCUUGGCUGAACCCGAGAGACCGUGCAACGUGUUGUGGAGCAGGGACAACACACAAACCCCGCCAUGUGACUCAAAUAUAUCAGAAGAGAACAACCUCUCAGAAGCGCAUGAGGAGGAAGACUCUCCUCCCAUCAAAGUGUCUGAACUGAAGAAGAGAUUUGAAGCUUAAAGAAUAACGCUGCUGACAUUUUUUGUUAUUGUAAACAAAUCACAUGAAAAGACCAAAAGUAACAGUGCGUUAGUCUCUCUCUGUAAUCUCAGAUUUCCCCAGCCCGUCUAUGACUCCCAGCCCCAAGCUUGUUUGUUGUUACUGAAGAUGUAAGAUUUAAAAAAAAAAA